AUGAAUUAUUCAAUCAUCCAAUUGGCUCGAGAGCAAUUAAAUGUAUUUGAAAAUGAUUAUCAAGUGCUGGUAAAAAAAAUCAAUCUCUCUCUCUUUACUUUGUCUAAAACCAAUCUCAGCAUGGAAGAAAAGGAAAAAGUGUGGAACGGAUUAUUAGAGUAUACCAAGAAUAUUAUCAGGAGAGUGGAGGAAAUUUUAGAAAAGUUAGAAGGGGUGCGUUUUUCGCUUAAUGAAAUAGUGCUACAUGAGGAAAAAGAUAAUUUAAUUCAGGAAUAUCAUUUAUUAAUAAAAAAAUUACGAGAAGAAAAAGAAACUAUUCUCCGCCAAAAGGAAAAAAAGAAAAUAAUUAUUACCCCUCUCCGCCAAAAGGCAGUCAAAACCGGUUACUGUUAUUUUUGUGAUAUUAGUAUCGCCACCGAUUUUCCCUACAAAUUGAAAAUGGAGGAGCAAAAUACGCUGGGAAUUGAAAUUGUUGAAGGAGCCGCUUUCUGCUCCCAGGAGUGUUUGCUAAAUUAUUGUAAGGAGUAUAAGAACCGAGAAAAAAUGCGCCAAGAGGAAGAAAAAAAGAACAAAGAAAAAAUCGCUCGCGACCGACAAAUGAUUACGGAAAUUCAGGGGCAAAUAGCCAAUUUGACCUCAAGAAUAAACCGAUUGGAACAAAGAGAACGCGAAUUGGAAUUGUUGCCUGAAAGUUAUCAAGUAGAACGACCAGAAAAUACCGGUUUCUGGCGUCGCCUCGGUCAAAAACUUGGUUUAGCCAAAAAACCUAGCCCGCUGUCGCGGCUGGAAAGAGUGAGAAAAUUGAAAGGAGAAUUGAGUAUUCAAUUGGAAAAAACCGGAGAAAAAUUACAAAAAAGUUUGAUAAUCCUUUCUUUAGACGAACAAAAGGAACAAGAAAGAAAAAGGCUGGAGAAAAAAAACCUCCUUGAAAAAAAGAAAGUUUCUGCGCACGAAAAAGAAUUGCUUGAUGAAUAA